CAUCACCGCCGCACUAACACCACCACCCUCACAAAUUCACAAUGGGUCACGCAGCCGGUCUCCGCGCGGGUACGCGCUAUGCCUUCUCAAGGGACUUCAAGAAGAAGGGAAUGAUCCCGCUCUCCACCUACCUCAAGCAGUACAAGGUCGGUGACAUCGUCGAUGUCGUAGCCAACGGUGCGGUCCAGAAGGGUAUGCCCUACAAGGUCUACCACGGCAAGACCGGUAUCGUCUACAACGUCACCAAAUCCGCCGUCGGAGUCAUCCUCCAGAAGCAGGUCGGCAACCGCUACAUGGAGAAGCGCAUCAACGUCCGCAUCGAGCACGUCCGCAUGUCCCGCUCGCGAGAGGACUUCCUCAAGCGCGUCAAGGCCAACUUCGCCCUCCAACAGAAGGCCAAGGAGACUGGCGAGAAGCAGCAGCUGAAGCGUAUCCCCAAGCAGCCCCAGGGCGAGCGCACCGUCAGCCUGAAGGACAACAAGCCCGAGAACAUCACACCUGUACCUUACGAGACAACGAUCUAGACGUGGAAGGGUGUGCGUGCGGCAAAAUGGGAUAUGGAUGGUUCACGGCGUGGUUUCUCGGAUCUCUCGAUUUUACUCUCUUCUGCACUUUCACUAGCAUUGAAAGCGGCGAAAGCAUGGUGCAGAUAAACAAUGUGCCAACAUGGCUGAGUCACCCCUCACGCCAAUGAAACAUAUCAAACGUCCCA